UGCAGUAGUAUGUUGUAGGUGGGAUAAAUGAACGGUGGCUGACCGGUCACACUGUGGGUGUGUCUUGUAGUCUCUCAGUCUGAUCUCAGGUCAGAUCUCAGUUGGAGAAACACUGAGUGACUGAAUGAUCGCUGUGGAUUUACGGACAACACUUUCAUUUACUCGCUUUACAUCUUCAGCUGAAGGUUGUGUUGAAUAUUCAUCUCACUUCCUUUAAAUCUCAAAGACUGUUGAGUUGAACCCCGCAGGAGAAACACCUUCACAUCUAACAUCAUCUCAUCUUAAAAUGAAGACAAUCACGAGGGUUUUAACUCUUCUUCUGUUUAUCACAACAUCAGAUACCAGUGCGGUCUGUGAACCGAAGGAUGUACAGGGAAAUAGGAAUGAUUGGAUCGUCCUGCAGGAAAUGCCUCUGGGAUGCUGGACGGACUUCAUUACCAAGGACAAAGAACAAGUUCACAUUCUUAGCCUGUCUUUUCAACAGGGGAUUCCCAUGUUCACCCUCAAUAUAAGUGCAUUGAAUCAGUCUGUGUUGAUUCUCACCUCCACCUCUACACAGAAAAUCACAAUCCUCGUCUCAGACAAUCCAGACGUCAAAAUCUAUGUAACAAAUGGAACUUCAGUCAGAGUUUACAAAAGUGAUGGUAAACUUUUUGAACCACAAGAUGCCCCGUAUACAAGAGAUGAUUCUGAACUUCUGAAAUGGGCAAAUAAUUCGUUUGGAGGAGUCACGUCCUACACCACAGCACACAAUCCCCAAACCAUUACUUUUACAGGGGUUAAAGGAACGGGUCUGCCCUCCAUUUGUGACCUGCAGCCGGAAGUGCCAACACAUAAACCCUUGAUUGAUCUGGAUGCCGCCACGCCAUCAAGCCAUCUAAAAUCCUGUUACAACAAACAUUCAGCAGAAGAUUUGCAUGUUAUCAAUAUACCAGACAAUGUCAUGAUACGUCGUGUUUCUUUGAAUUUGUCGUCGGUAUCUAAAGUUGUCCUGAGAGGUCCACCGAACACCACGUGGGAACUUCCAUCACAUUAUUCAUUUAAAUUCCUGACCAACAAUCCAGUGAUGUUGAAUGGAACAAAGGUGCCUCCGAAUAGGAAUCUUUCAGAUGAUGUGGAAGGUCUCAUGCAGAAGGUCUUUUCUCAUUUCAACACCACAUCUGUCAGCAGUUACACUGAGAUCCGUCUCAACACGUCUGCUAUAAAGCUGUGGAUCACCAGCAACACGAGCACACCAGUUGAGACGCCAGCAAAAGUGACUGUCACCCCCACAACACCCAGUCCUUCAGAGCUUCAUAUGGAGAUGCAGUUGUUCUCGUCUCCAGACUACAGAUCUCCUUUAGAUCCCAGCAGUAAAGUUCAAAGUGACAAGAUACUCUACGCUGAGAUUCAGAUCUCAAGUCAGAUUUUAGGACCUUUAUCCUUCACCAUCAGAGUCAGCAAAUGUUGGGCGCGAUCUGUAUCCAUGGUGAGGAACAUGCCCUUUAAAGAGGAGACGUGUCAUGGUAAAGCCUGUCCCAAGAGACUCAGUUUCUCUUUAGAGGAUCUUCAGGAUCUGCCAUCAAGCUCGUGGGACAUUGCGUGCGCCGCCAGAGCUUGUUCUGUCCAGAUUUGUCUGAAAGAAUCUCAGGUGAAGAGGAACCUGCAGGUCAUCCCGUCAUUCAUACCAAACACAAAUCCGUGUUUUGAGUUCGGACUCUCUGCGGUUCUGGGAGUGGCGUUCGGAGGCUUUCUGAUCGGAGUUCUUCUGACCGGCGCUCUGUGGUUCAUUAAAAUCCGCACAGGGCCCACUGGAGCUCUGGAUAUGAGAUCCACGGCAGCCGAGCUGUCAGUUUUUUCUCUGUCCGGAUGCCCGUGCGGUCUGAGCAAACGUCAGCCGGUCUCCACCCGCACAUCCCCGUCUGAAAACAGCAGCGCCAACGCAAGCAUCGGCAGCACUCAAAGCACACCCACCAGCAGCAUGGCGUAACGCCCGACCCGUUUCACAACGACGAAGGGGUUAAAACGAGAGCAUGAAUCAGUCCCGAAAUGUUCCUUUACCUCACAGUCACCGGCUACAGGAAAUCAUCAGACUCCAAGAAGAAAAAGAACCUUGGAUACGGACCACAGGAAAAACAAAGCACAACCUCUUAGGAACUAACAGGAAAUUCAUCACAUUCCUCUGACUGCGUCUCUGUCGUGGAGGCAAACGAAGAGAAAGACAAACAACGGCUGGUCUCCGUGACGCUCCAACUCGACUCCAAGGAACCUUUCACGGUCUGAUUCACAGACAGAUAUCCAGAAAUGAAUCUAAACAUUGGCCAUGGUCUACAGUACAGUGUUUCUUACUGUAGAUGCUGUCUCAAUUGUUUGGGACGUUUUGGGAAAUGGCUACCUCGGAGUGUUUCAUUUGGGUUCAACAGUGACAACAUCUGUGUUAGUUUUACAGACGUGAACCCCCCCAUCCCUUAUCUUUAACUGUGAGUUAUAUCACUUUCAUCUUUUAUACAUCAACUUGAGAAAUUUGUAAAACCGCACAGUCAAAAUGAAAUUGUAUAAAUAUGUAUAAAUAUUCAUUUCUAUUUUACUCGGCUCUUACCUAGUAGUCAUAAUGAACCUCAUCGUUUUUACUGAUUUACAUCUGAUGUAGCUUCUUUUACAAGCGUUCACACUAUACAGUACAUUCAUGUGAAUUUAUUCAUCUCUAGAUGAGUUGGAUUUUCUCUGUUUGUGUUUGAUAAUGUUGUUAAAUGAUGACUUCCCUCAAAAAUGAUCAUAAAAUAAGUCAUAUCACUACAUCUAUUAAAGGAACAUUUCACCCGUAGAAACAUUCAUCUUUAUUAAAAGUGCAUCUAAUUUGUAGUCAAAAUGUAACAAAAAUUUCGAAUUUGGUGCCUAUUUGACCGAGAAAGGGGGUGUUUGUAGUCUCACACCCCCUCAACAAAGUUAUUGGACUUCCUGCUUUCAAUGAUGCAAAAUGAUGAUUUUUACAUCAUUGAAAGAAGGAAGUGCAACACUGGGGUUCUAAUGAUACAAAGCUUUAUGUAAAUGGGUGAAGUGUCCCUUUAAGUCGUUUGGUUUUAUUUUUGAGUGAACUCAGAUCGUUUAACGGCAGAUGUGUGUAAAAUGCCACUUGAGCAUUUGUGCAAUAUCUGUGCUAUGUUUAUAUAAUUAUGUCUGUAUGGUUAUUAUUUUAUAUUGUUAUUUUUAUAUUUACAUCUGUAUUUCUGUGUUCCCAUAAGGGCAAAAUAAUUUUUUAAUUUUUAAAUAUAGAA